UGGAGUGAAUGGCUAUUGGUUACUAUGACUUGCCGACUGAAUGAUUAUUGAUCGUUGUUAAUUUCCACGAAUCCGCUAGAAUGCCCGAAUCCUCAUUCCUCACCACGAACGCCUUGUUUACAUUCCUGAGGAGAGAAUUCGGAAGCGGAGCGGCAAUUCGGCGCGACUGGUUCACAAUUAUCUAUAUAUUUUGGUGAAUACCUUAAGUAGAGGUAUUUCAUUACACGAUGGCAGAUGAAACUCUCGCAAAAGCUGGACUAUACUUUGACGAGCUCAAUAAAAUUAGAGUUUUAGAGCCAGAAGUUGCUCAGCAAACUGCAGAAUUAAAGGACGAAUGCAAAGAAUUUGUGGAUAAAAUUGUUGAGUUUCAUCAGCGAGCAGACAAUUUCAUCCAACUUGCAGAUUCAUUAAGUGCUGCUGUAGAGACAGAGAAAAUGCGUGCCAUUGGCUCCAGGAAUUUGAUUAAAAGUAUGAGCAAGCAGCGGGAAUCACAGCAGCUCCAAUUACUGGCACUGAUUGGAGAGAAGAAAUUAGAAUUGGAGAGGCUGCGUGUUCAAUAUGAAUCUCUGCAAAGAACAGAAUCAGAACAACUUGAGUUCAUUGAACAGUUUAUAUUACAAAAAUAAUUUUCUUCCUUACAUUAUUUCACUUCAAGCACUUACAAAUUUUUCUACAGCAAAUCUACCAAAGAAAAAUUAUUUACUGAAAUAAGUCCAGUUUGUAGUUUGUUUCACAUUUCACAAGAAAUAUAAGUAUUUGCGUUAUUAUACAUCUGUCUGAAAUCCAGAAUCUCACAUUGAAUUCCUUAUAGAAUGAAUAAAGAGUGUUGAAAAUUU